AUGACCACUACAACGAAUAAUUCCACGAAAAGCUAUGCAAAUGUCACACAAAAUCCAAUGUUUCCUUCAAAGGACCAAGCCAUUGUGAUAGAUGCCAUCGACAAUGUCCAAAAUAAAGACUAUGCUCAAGCCUUAGGAAAAGUUGACAUCGACAGCUCUCAAGCAGAUGAAGAUGAUGGUGCUGUUCUACCUUACUUCAAAAGGCCUCACCCCCCGACAGAGUCAACCAGCGAGAACUACUCUCAGUCGAUUGCCUUCAGUGACGUUACUUCUGCUGACAUCGAUGCCGCCGCUUCUUUUGACGUCGGCGCCGCCGCCAUCCCCGCUGUUACUGCCGCAAACCCCCCGGUUCAGCGCUGUGACGACAGGGCCUCACUUAUAGGUGACGAAAAUAUCGACGACAGUGAGGCUUCCCAAUCUAGCUCCAGUAUAGUUUAUGAGAAAAGAAAUAGUUCCAAAAAACUGCGUAAAUCACCAACAAUUGAUAUACAUUCAUCCAGCUGGCAUGCGAACGAAGAGCAUAUUCAGCAUUCUCAGAAAAUGUACCCCCUGACCUCAAUUGAACUCAAGGAAUAUUUAGAAAGUACUUUCGGUGUCACCAACAUUAAAGAAAUUACACUUACUUAUACAGAAAACAUACAUACACUCAUAGAUAUGUUAAAGGACAUCAUACCAUUGAUUACUAAUCGAAGACUUAAAAAUAGGGUUACUCGUUUAAUUGUUAAGUUAAAAACAGUAAACAUAAAAACGUAUUCUAAACACAUAAUCGGCAUGACCUUGAAUCAUCCUAUGAGUGAAUGUAUAGGACUUAAUAUUGUUCAAUGGAACUGCCGCAGUUUAUAUAAUAAACGACAUGAACUGGAGUCUUAUUUAAUAGGUAGUAAUGUUCAUAUUUGCAUACUAUCGGAGACUUGGCUGUCUGAAGAUAAGAAUGUGUACUUUUCUGGUUACCGGAUUUUUAGAAAGGACCGAAGCGACAGUUACGGUGGGCUCGCGAUAUUAGUUCAUAAAACAUUAUCAUCGCGUAUAAAAGAUACUUCAUUCCAAUUUAACUCAUUUGAAUAUUUGUGUAUAGAACUAAUUAAUAAUAAUAAACUUCAGUAUGUCGUUGGUAUAUAUUGUCCUCAAAGUAUGCAUUUAAAUAGAACAGAUUGCGAUACGUUAUUUAGUCAAUUUAAUAAUAAAACUUUAAUAGCCGGUGACUUCGAUGCCCAUCACAUACACUGGUCUUAUCACACAGAUACGCGCGGUCGCCUGUUAGCCGAGAGUAGCUGUGACUAUGGGUUUGUUUACCUAAACGACGGCUCGCCGACGCGCAUAGCUCAGGUAGAUAUGAAUACAGUCUGUACGUCACCUGAUGUCACUUUCGUUAGCUCAGACUUGGUAUUAGAUUGUGAAUGGUCGACUACUAAUGAAACAUUAGGGAGUGAUCAUCUAUUGUUAAGUAUUAAAUUACAUCAAUCGCAAAUGGUUUACUUAUAUCAUAAGAGAAAUUUAAAGAAAGCUGAUUGGAAUAAAUAUAGGAUUGAAAUAGAAACCAAAUGUAAUGAUUUUAGUUUUAAUAGCAAUAAUAUUCAAGAAAAUUAUGAUAAUUUUUUACGUAUAAUUAAUGAUUCAGCACAUUUAAGCAUUCCAUAUAUAAAACCUAACUUUAAAAUGUGUUCAAAAUUUAAACCCAAGCCCUGGUGGAAUCCAAGUUUAUCCAAAGCAGUCGCGGAGAGAAGACUGGCUCUUAAGUUUUUUCGAAGGAAUCGGAACCCAGAGUCCUAUCAGGUAUACAGAGAAAAGGUAGUUAUAGCUAGGAAAUUAAUAAAGCAAGCGAAAAGAAAAUCGUGGCAGGAAUUUUGUGACAGUGUGGAUGUUUCAACUUCUAGUUUUGAAAUGUGGCGAAAGCUUGGAUGGAUGAAAGGUAAAUAUAGUACAUCGGGUCUCUUACUUGAAAGUGAAGCGAGUGAAUUUAUAACGAAAUUAGCCCCGGACAGUGUCACCUUACCACCGUGUACUCUGGGUCAAUCUCUUACAUCUCCUGAAUUAUUUUCGAUGGCGGAAAUAAUAAAUAUUCUAAAAAGGAAGGAUACUUCAGCCGGGCUUGAUAAUAUCGUAUACUCAAUGAUUUAUAACUUACCUCAGAAAGCUAUGGAAAUUCUACUACAGAUUUAUAAUUCCAUUUAUAAAACUGGUAUAAUUCCAAUACAAUGGCGAAAAAUCAAAGUAAUUGCAAUUCCGAAAAGAGACAAUAAUACCAAAAAAUAUAGACCCAUUUCUUUAAUAAGUUGCAUGUGUAAAAUAUUCAAUAGUGUUGUAGCAAGACGGUUGGAUUAUUUUUUUGAAAAGAAUAAGUUUUUUCAUGAGGGGACCCUGGGUUUCCGUCGAGGCUACUCUUGUCACGAUAUUUUAUCUCGUUUUAUUGUAGACUCGGAAAUAGCGCUCACUAAAAAAGAGUUUACACUCUGCAGUUUUGUAGAUGUUACCGAUGCGUAUAAUAAUGUUUUAAUUAGAUCUCUUAUAGAAGCUCUAGUUCAUUUCAAGGUGGAUCGGUACAUAUGUGGGUAUAUACACGAGUUUCUGAAGGAGCGUCAUAUUGUAUAUAAACUCAGCAACGGCAGUGAAUUGGUUAGAACCACUCGUCAGGGUUUGGCACAGGGGGACCCUAUGUCUCCUAUUUUAUUCAAUAUUGUCACAAUAAAAGCCUGUAGAGAUAUAAGAUAUGACGUUAAAAUAUCACAGUAUGCAGAUGACUUUUCCUUUUACUAUUCACACGACAGUAUCCACAUGUGUACUGACGUUAUCCGUAAUGUACUGCAUAACUUUUGUGAACUUAUUACACCAAUAGGACUCAGUAUCUCACCUUCUAAGACCAAGCUGUGCGUUAUAUCAAGGAAAUACAAAUUACCACUUAUUUCCAUAAAUAUUAAUAACUGUGACAUUGAGGUCGUACAAUGUAUUAAGUUUUUGGGUAUGUGGAUAGACAGUCGCUUUAAAUGGACAAAGCAUAUCAAUGAAUUAACUCAAAAAUGUAUACCCUUCAUUAACAUAUUGAGUUGUGUUAGUGGCUUGUCCUUUGGUAUUCAUCCGACACAUCUACGACGAUUAUACAUAAGUACAGUAAGAAGUAGACUCGAUUAUGGAUGUUUUCUUUUCAGGAACGCGAGCCCGAGGUUACUUCAGAAACUCGAUGUCAUACAGAACCAGUGUUUAAGAAUUUGUGGAGGUUUCAUCCGUUCUACACCCACUCAUGUCAUGCAAACUGAGAUGUGUAUACCUCCUCUUUUUAUACGUAGAAAUUACUUGAGCCACAAAUACUUUCUUAAAAUAUCCUCUAGACAAAAUGAUUACUGUCAUGAACGAUUAGCUGUUUUUGAAAAUCUGAUAAAGUCUAAUGUACCUUACUGGCGAAAAAACCAACUUCCUCUGUUGCAGUCAAGUCACCGUCAAUAUCAAGAUUUAAACAUUAAUAAAUUCCAGAACUGGCCAUCCCACCAACUUCCUUUCAUUAUUUAUAAAAUUGAUUUGACAAGUAUAAUAAAGAUUGAUAUCAAAAACAUAACGUCUUCAAAAGCAAAACUGUCAAUUAAAGAACUUAAAGAUGCCACAGUGUCAAUGAUACAAGUAAAUUACGCAGAUUUUGUUCAAAUUUAUACAGACGGAUCCAAGACUGGGAACCACAAUGGAUGCUCAUUUUAUGAUCCAGUCGCCCUGGUGGCGGCCAAAUUCAACGUAGAUGAUCCAAAUGUUAACAUCAUGUGCUUGGAACUUUUGGCUAUUGCUGAGGCCCUACAUUAUUUAACGUCAACUAACUAUACAAAAAUAGUCAUAUUCACUGAUUCUAAAAGUAGUUUAUAUCACCUUCUUGCAUGCAACAGAGGAAAGUUAGGAAGAAAGGAGGCUUAUCUUAUUAUUGAAAGUAUCCAAACAAUGAUACGUAAUGGGAUUAACGUCUACCUACAAUGGGUACCCUCCCAUGUGGGAGUUUUUGGUAAUGAAGUCGCUGAUGAGCUCGCCAAAGUAGCCCAAUCUGAUGGAAUUCCUCUUCGUGUAUCGCUACAGUCUUCAGAUUAUAUCCCAAUUGUAAAGAAGCUUUGCUAUGAUCAGUGGAAGACACAUUAUAAUGUGAUCUCUUGCGAAAAAGGCAUUUGGUACAAAUCCCUUACUGCUGAGCCUCCACAAAUUUCUUGGUUCAGUAAUACUAGGAUGACAUAUAAAGAACUGGUUGCUUGUUUUAGACUUCGGUCAGGACAUGUUCCGUUGAACAAUUUUGGCUAUCUCAUGAGUAAAACAGAAAGUCCCAAUUGUGUUGUGUGUAAUACGAAGGAGGACCUAAUGCACCUUUUGAUAGAAUGUAAAAUUAAUGAGUCACUUAGAAUAAAGCUAUUAACAGAUACCCAAUGUCCAAGACAAGAUAUUAUGUUCCUGUUUCACUCUGUACUUAGUUCUAAAUUCGCUAGCAAUAAUAGUAAACACAUAAUUUGGUUUUAUAUACACUCUCUAGAAUUAAGGAAACAACUGAUCUCUGUC